AAACAAUUGUCAAAGUAGAACACGUCAGUUGGAGGGGGUCAUUUCCAUCAUAAAAUAGAUGUAUUAAACUGUGUCAGGAGAAACACUAUGUCUUUACUCGCUAUUUUUAAUGUGAUAGUUCUUGUGCCUUCUUGCUUCAAUAUUGAUAAAGUAUUUUAAAUAAUAUGUUCUAGUUAUGAGUAAGUUAACAAAAAGACGUGACAGUGCUGGAAGUGACGCUUCCUUAAGCAGUAGAAUACCUAUUUCCUUUACUCCAACAUUACCUAGGAAACAACGGAGUAAUCUUAGCAGACAUCAAAGCUUACAUUCGAUCAGAAACAGUCGAAGUGAUGAUGUUGAUUCAAUCUGCAGUGGAAGCUCUUCAAUUUGUGAACAUAGCCAUUUUGCAAAGAAUGGAAGUACUUAUAGUGGAAGAAGCAAACGUUACAUAGUUCAUUGCAGCCCUCAAGCUACUGAUUCUGAAGAUUAUUUGACUCCAACUCAACGUGCUAAUGCCACGAUACGCAAACUAAAGUGUAUGCUGAGCGAUGCCCAGUCCGAAGUGGCCUCUAGAGAUGAAGAGAUUGCUCGUCUCACAAGAGAGCUGGUUCAGCUGAGGCUCGGUAACGUCGAGAGCUCUGGUCAUGGGGAUGAAGUUGACAGCCCUGAGAGGAAGAAUUUAGUUCCUGAACGAAUGAGUCCUCAUUCAUUGUCAGAUUCAGGGCAUUUUGAAGAACUUAGCCCAGAACCUAUGUCAAAAUUACAGCUUUCACCAUGUCAAGCUGCUUCAUCCUCAAGUGUAGAAGUAUUAAUUCAUAAGUUAUCAGAAGCAAAUGAAAGAUUUUGUUACAGGUACUAUGAGUUAAAACCUCAAUAUGAAGAUCUGAAAAAACGAUUAGAAGCUUUAGAAUUGGAAAGAGAUCAACUGAAAGCUAAGUUUCAAGAAAGCGAGGAAAAUCACAGAAAAACUUACCUUGAAAUGUUUAAGAAAGGCCAGCAAGCUGCUCUUUUUCAGGUAGAAGAUAAUCAUCAACCUGCUGAAGAAAGUAAGUCUGAAGGCGUUCCGAACCUUUUAAAGGAGUUAGAAGUUACAAAACAAGAGCUUGAAAGUGUUAAGACGAUGUACAGAAAACUCUUAGAAUCAAAUAAUUCAAGAAAAGAACAGGAUGCUGAAAUCACUCUGAAGUUCUUAAAGUCUGCAUUUUAUUACUUUCUAACUGACAGAGAGAACACCAAUGGCCAUCUAGCUGCUAUACAAAGUAUUCUUGGCUUUACGCCAGACGAAAAGCUCGCUAUAGAACGUGCUUCCUACGCCUGGAAAUAGUUACCAUUUGCUAAAAUAUUUUUAUUAUCUGGUCAAAUUUUGUCAUGAUAAUUGUCUUUAUUAUCAUGUGCCUAUAAAUCCUAUUUUUUUCAGGGUCCUGCUCAUCUAUGUGGGAAAUAUUAUAUUAAUAGAAUGAUACUAUACUUUUUAGCAUAUCUCUGUUUUAGUGUCUUUAUAUCAAAAUAAAUAUUUUAUAUUUUAAUCAUUUAUAAUUAUCGGUAAUUAGUGCUUUAUUUCUUGUAUCUUGUAGAUAUUGAGUGUUAAUGCAGUGUAAUAAUAGAAAAAAAAUAGGUGCAAAUAUUUUGUUGAAUGGUACAAAUAUCAAUCAAACUUAUAUUUAUAUGAGAUAAAGUUUAAUUUUAUUGGUUUCAGUCUAUUUUAAGAUGUUUAUCAAAGAGUGAAGAGUUAGUGUCAUAAUAGGUUUUGUGAUGAUGGAACAUUUGACUGAAAUUUGUACUUGUUAUAAAUCUUUUAUUGUCUCAAAUAGUUUUUUACGGUUUUAUAAUAUGUUUGUAUUUCACAAUCUUUUUUUUUUGUCUCCUAAAGCACGUUUAUAUUUAUAGUUCCUAGAUCAAUAAUUUUAUGAAUUUGGUGGUUGCUGUUAAGUUAUAUCAGUAUUCACUAUAAUGUAACGUAGUGUAUUAGUUAAAAAUUUGUUGUUGUUACUAUCUUAUAGCCUGUUUUCAUUGUUAUUUAUGUUAUCAUACUCUGGUAUGAUUGAAGUGCAAUUGUUUUAUCUUCUGUUUUAUACAUUACGAGUAUUUUAUAUUUUUGAAAUUUAUAUACUUGUUGGAAUUUUUAUUGUUAAAAUUUUAGUAUGGAGAACACACUUGUAUUGUUUUGAAAAGAGAUAUCAUAUAUACUGAAAGACUAAUAAUAAAAAAAAUUAAAUGAAAUUGCUGUAUUUAUUUUUCUUAUUGAAAUAUUUUGUAGUAGAAGUUGGUUGGGUAUUUGGACAGAGAUGGAACUACCGACGAAAUAGAAAGUCUUAUUUUAUUAGGUGUCUA